AUGGGACGUGAGGAGCAAGGAAGGACUUGGUGCAUGGACGCAGCUCAACUGGACACGCAAAGGAAGAAGGAGGAAGCCAUCUUGAAGACCAGCUCGACCACCUACUCGACCAACCGGUCGAGUUCCUCAACUCGACCGGCCAAGCUUCAACUCGAUCGAGCUGAGAAGUCAACAGUCAAACCCGAAAAAUGUUGCUUCCCCCUUGACUUCCCUUUGACCCUAAACCUAAUCCUCUUGUAUUUAAAGGCUCUAAGCCACGAAAAAAAACAAGCUUUAGCUUAUUUUGUUUUAGCUUUUCUUUAA